AUGUUUGCUGAUCCAGCAAAAACACGACUCCUGAGCACUCUUAUUCGCCAUGCCUCCGCGCCAGCAAGCCCACGAUUGACGAUUGACAUUUUCAACCCCAGCGAAGGAGGUCUGGGUUAUCAUCAAAAGCGCUCAGUGCCGCCUCACAGGUCCUCCACGGUUGUUGCAUCACGGUCCAACCAAAGCCUCCUGAACGAGCUAUCGCUCUCCCAAUCUCUCGUGUCCCGCCUGCGUCGCGAUCGCGAUAGCUGGCGCUCUCUUGCUCAGAAGCAAGGGACUGACCUCGCAGCCCUUGAACCGUUGAUCAGGGAACAAACCCACACUAUAUCCCAACUUGAAGAUCAGAAAUCUAGCCUCGACCGCCGCAACGAAGAUGACCGCUCCAAGGGCAAGCACCUAUACUCCCGCUUCCAAGGCCUAAUCACCAAGCAUGACAAGCUCGUAGACCAACUCAACGAUGCACUACGCGCCAUCAACCAGCUGAAGAAGAGCGAUCGCGCCAAAGGCAAAGUCCAACAGCGGAACCUGAGAUUAAAAGCCACCCUGCAGCACUACACUUCAAGAAGUGAGCCAUCUGCUUCUCGAUCCGAUGGCAGUGUCGAAGCUACCCUGCUAGAAGCGCUUGCGGCCACCAACGAGCGCAUUGAAGAGCUGGAGAGGAAGGGCGAGGAUCUACUGGAGGCGCUUGAGAGGCGGGAUAAUAGCAGCGGAAGCGAUGACGAUCACGAAAUGGAAGAGAAGGAUGAGGAGGCGGAGCUGCGGGAGGCCAAGGGCGCGUUCCAGGGUGUCAUCGAGGACGAGACGUUUAAGGAGCAGAAAUUGAACUGGGCGGAUCUGCUCAAUGAGUGA